GGCCGCCCGCGUCCCAUCGGGCGCCGCGCGGGGCAGCGCGGGGUCAGCAGGUCAGGCGCGCGGCGGCUGCGGCCCGGGCGGGCGCAGGAUGUACACACUGCUGUCCGGGCUGUACAAGUACGUGUUCCAGAAGGAUGAGUACUGCGUCCUGAUCCUGGGCCUGGACAAUGCUGGGAAGACGACCUUCCUGGAGCAAUCAAAAACCCGGUUUAGCAAGAACUACAAGGGCAUGAGCCUCUCCAAAAUCACCACCACCGUGGGCCUGAACAUUGGCACUGUGGACGUGGGGAAGGCUCGGCUCAUGUUCUGGGACUUAGGGGGCCAGGAGGAGCUGCAGUCUCUGUGGGACAAGUACUACGCGGAGUGUCAUGGUGUCAUCUACGUCAUCGAUUCCACAGACGAGGGAAGACUGCCGGAGUCUAAGCGCGCUUUCGAGAAGAUGGUCACCAGUGAGGCUCUGGACGGUGUCCCCAUCCUGGUGUUGGCCAACAAGCAGGAUGUUGAGCAAAGGGGUGCGCGAGGGCAUCGAGUGGAUGGUGAAGUGCGUCGUGCGGAACGUGCACCGGCCUCCGCGGCAGAGGGACAUCACGUAGGCGCAGCCGGCUCCAGGGUGCCCACAGCUGGCGUCCGAGCCAGAGGAGCCACCAGUCCUGGGGGGGCGGCUUUGCCUCUGGGAUUUUCCAUUUGCUUUGUUUUUUCUCUAAGACAAACUUCUCUAUGUCCUGAAGAGUGUAGGUGCCCAGAGGCUUCUGCCAGGGGAGUGGGGCAGCAGGACCUGCAGCUCCCUCAGGCCAGGCCCUCUCUGGGCCCAGGCUGGUGGUCCUGCAGGUGCCCUUGGAGCCGCUGCCCCGCAGGCCUGCCCGCCUGCCCAGCUUGGGGUAGGGCUUCAGGGCACCCUGGUUGGAAGGGGGGUUUUCCAGAACCACAGCCUCAGCCCCCUCUGAUUUUGGAGGUGGGCUGGGAGCUGGUGUCACCUUGAGGGAGACCUAGCCCACAUUCCCAAAGGCAAGCAGGGCCUUGGGUUCCGAUGUAGCCUCGGGACUGAACAAGGUGCGAUCUGACUGGGAAGCCACGUGUCCCGUACCCCCCAGCCCAACCUCGUCGAGGUGGGAAAUGCCGGAAGUGGGUGUCCCCCUAAGCACACUGCUGCCCACCUGGGGCAACCACGACUGCCAACUUGGGUACAUCAGUGGGGGUGUUGGGAAGACAGCUGGGUCCUCAUGCCUGGUUGGUGGUGUGCUGGGCCUGUGCCCAGCUGAGGGUGAGGGAUAAGGUUCCCUGCCAGGCCUGUGCCCAACAGCAGAGGCCCUCCAUGCAAGGCUGGUCCUGAGGCCCCUCCUCACAUGGCCCUGUGGGGCUGGCCACGGGGGUGUGUGGAAUAAAGGUGGUCUGAGUG